AUGGCAGACAAGAUCAGGGACAUUGCGGACAUCCCGCAGUCAUUCUUCAAGGAGGGCACGCAGUUCAUGAACAGGUGCACUAAGCCGUCCAAGAAGGAGUACAUCCAAAUCUGCAGAAUGGUAGGAAUGGGCUUCGUCGUCAUGGGUUUCAUCGGCUACUUUGUCAAGCUGAUCCAUAUUCCGAUCAACAACAUCCUGGUCGGUGGAGCAUGA